AUGUCCACGCCGUUCGGGAAGUCUAAAAGAACGCCAAGAACACCACCACUGUCUCCGUCGCCGUUGCCGACACCAACACUACCAAAGACCCCGUCGACGCCGCAAGUGAAGUCUGUGGCCGAACAAAAGUCGGAAAAGAAGAAGAAAGAAGAAAAGAGGAAGAUGGACGCGCAACUGAAGGCGCUAGUGAAGCAGAGAGAGGCAGUGCGUGGAAAGCUUUUUCGUGUGCGUGCGGCCUUGAGAGACAGCGAGGAGGAACCGAACCCGAACGUUCGAAACGUUCACUUCCUCCAGCUGCAGAAGCGGGCUUUGGAGAACAUUUACGGCGAGUGCAAUGAUGUGCAGAACAAAAUCUACGCACUGCCGCUCUCUGAAGACCAAGACACAGUGCAAACCGAGAAGUACGUGGAGUUCGAGGGUGUCUUCAACGACGUGUCGCUGAAGUUGAGCACGCUGAUCGAUGUCGUGCCGAAGGCGGAACCAGCUGCCCCAGCGGCCGGAGCGCCGAUCCAGCAGCCAGCCCAGCACUACCUCCCACCGCUGCAAGUGCCCUUGCCCAAAUUCGAUGGGUCCUACGAGAAGUGGUACGCGUUCAAGGCGCUGUUCACCACUCUGAUGAACCGCUACCGACAAGAAGAGCCCGCCCUGAAACUCUACCACCUGCGGGACUGCCUCGUAGAGAAAGCAGCCGGAAUCAUCGACGACGAGAUGAUCAACAACAACGAUUACGACGCCGCCUGGGCGCUGCUCACGUUGCGCUACGAGGACAAGCGGAUCGUCGUGGACAAGCUCGUGGAGAAACUCUACGGACUGCCCAAGAUCAGCCAGGAGGAUGCUGCGGAGCUGCGGAAGGUGAUCGACACCUGCACGAAGAACGUUGAUGCCUUGAGGAACCAGGAACUACCGGUGGCUGGGCUCGGCGAGCAGAUGCUGAUCAACCUCAUCGUGGGCAAGAUGGAGAAGAAGCUGCAGUUGUCCUGGGAGGCCAAGCAGAAGAAGAACGUGCUCUCGACCUACGCUGCGUUGAUGGCGUUCCUGGAAGAGCAGUGUCGAAUCUCCGAGAAGCUCGACACGAAAGUGAAACCAGUGAAGGAGAGUGCGAAGCCGAAAACGGCGGGAAGAAGCCACACGCUGGCAGUGAGUGAUUCGAGAAACGAACUAAAGUGUCCAGUGUGCAAGGCCGCUCACGAACUGUGGAAGUGCGAAGUCUUUAAGAACAAAAGUGUCAGUGACAAGUACGAGAUCCUGAAAAAGUGCGGCGCCUGCUUCAAUUGUUUGAUGAAAGGCCAUCGAACCCGCGCGUGUUCGUCCGGCUCUUGUCGCCAUUGUGGCAAGAAGCACCACAGCUCGCUCCACGAGGACAGUCCCAGCCAGGUCGCGAACAGCGCAGCUCCGACGACGCCAGCGUCCGAAGUGUCCCAGACGAUCAACACACCAGCAGCGGGAACGUCGACAACCCUGUGCGUGAGCGCUGCGAGCUCGGAGAAGCAAACCGUCCUCUCGACUGCCGUGGUUUUGGUUGACGGCAAGUGCAGCACUCCCAUCCCGUGCCGUGUGCUACUCGACUCCGCCUCGCAGAUGAAUUUUGUGACCGAACGCUUCGCGAACCUUCUCUCCCUGAAACUGAAACCCGCUGACUACACGGUCAGUGGUCUGAACGGCAACAAAACCCGGAUUAGCCGUCGACUGCGCGCGACCAUCAGGUCUCGCCACGGAAACUUUGCUGCUGAACUGGACUUCCUGGUGACCCCACGAAUCACUGGUGAGCUUCCGGUGAAAUCCUUCGACGCCUCGGAGUGGCCCAUCUCAAGCGAACUUGUGCUGGCAGACCCGGCGUUCAACAAACGAGGACGCGUCGAUAUGCUGAUCGGCGCCGAAUACUUUUGGAACCUGCUACUAGACGGCCGAUACGAACUCGGCCCCGACCGACCUGUGCUGAGGAACACCAAGCUGGGUUGGAUUGCCGGAGGUGUGAUUGCGAGCGAUGCGACGGUCGUUGCGCGCACACUUUGCCAGACGUCUGAAGAAGAGCCGCUCAUCGAGCUGCUGAAGAGCUUCUACAAGGUGGAGGCCUGCGACGAGAUCCGCUCAUCCCCGACGGCGGACGACGAGAUGUGUCUGGAGCACUUCCAGCGCACACACGAACGAACUGAGGAAGGGCGCUACGUGGUACGUCACCCUUUCAAUGAACGCAAGCGCGAGUUGGGAGACUCGCGUGAGAUGGCGCUGCGGCGUUUUCUGGCUCUGGAGCGGAAACUGGACAAGCAGCCCGAACUGAAGGAGCAGUACUCGCAGUUCAUCCGAGAGUACGAGCAACUCGGACACAUGCGAGUGAUCGAAGAAACACCGAACGAGGACCCGGGAUCGGCGUUCUACUUGCCGCACCACUGCGUGCUGAGGCCCACGAGUACGACCACCAAGCUGCGGGUCGUGUUCGACGGGUCGGCGAAGACGUCCACGGGCGUCUCGAUCAACGACGUUCUGAGGAUCGGCCCAACAAUCCAGAACGACCUGACGGCGAUCCUGCUGCGAUUCAGAGGCUUCCAGUUCGUCUUCACGCUCGACAUCCCGAAGAUGUUCCGGCAAGUGCGCGUCCAUCCGGAAGACACAAGGUACCAGCGAAUCUUUUGGAGGUACGACCGGAACGAUUUUCUCACCGUUCGAGAGCUGCUCACGGUGACGUACGGCCUGGGACCCUCGCCGUUCCAAGCAACCAUGGCGCUGAAACAAGCUGCAGCAGAUCACGAAGACGAGUUCCCGAGGGCCGCCGAGGUGGUCGACAAGGGAACGUACAUGGACGACGUACUGACGGGUGCCGAUACGCUUGCUGAGGCGUGCGAACUCCAACGGGAGAUGACCGGGCUCCUAGCGAAAGCCUGCUUCGGCGCCCACAAGUGCUCGAAGACGAUCGUGAAAACGCUGGGCGUUACGUGGAACCCGUUUGAGGACUGGUUCUCGGUGUCAGUGCCCGACUUCGACGACCUGGAAGAAGUGACUCGGAGGAAGCUUCUGAGUCAGCUGGCCAAGAUCUUCGACCCGCUGGGAUUCUUCGGGCCAGUCAUCACUUACGCGAAGCUGAUCCUGCGAGAAGUUGGCGAGCUGCACAUCGAGUGGGAUGACCCGGUCCCAACAGACAUCGGCGAGAAGUGGCGGAGCUUCCGCAUCGAGUUGACCGCGCUGAGAGAAGUGCGACUGCCGAGAUGGAUCUCCUGGAAAGGCGCGCUCAAGCUAGAACUGCACGGGUACGCGGACGCAUCUGAUCUGGCCUACGGUGCGUGCAUCUACGUGAAGGGCUUCUUCGCGAACGAGGAGACCGAGAUGAGAUUGAUCUGCAGCAAGUCUCGAAUCCUGCCCAAGAAACGGAAGCCCAAGGAGAAGGCCAUCUCGACCCCGAGCUGA